AAAAUAAAGCCAAGAAGGCAAUAGAAGCUUCUGACUAGUACCACACUCGUAUCGUAAGCAGAUCAGCAGGAGUCUCCUAAGCAGCAUGACCAUCGUAUCUUGCUCAGCAGUAAGCUGAAGAACUGUAUUUAUGGAGUUAAAUCCUGCGAUGAACACAACAAACCUUUGAUUUAUGCCAUUUUUUUUUUUCUGUAGCUUCUUCCAUUUCUUGUGCAAUGAAGCGUAAAAUUCAGUACUACCUCCGUCCAAGUGUAUUGGGCAUGCGCGUAAUUCUAGGUUGUCAAUUUAACUAGUUAAAUAUAUAUUAUAUGUGAUAAAAAUUAUAUAUUCAGAAACUACAUCUUCGUAUGAAUCUAAUAAUAUAUUAUUUGUUACCUAUAAUACAUAUUUAAGUAGUUAAAUUAAUGACCUAGAACUACGCGCAUGCCCUAUACACUUGGAAGCAAAAAAUGGGUAUUUUUAGCGCUGGCCUGGCAACGCGGAUUCACUGAAAUGUAGUAAAGAAUACCGAACUGAAAAAACAAUACCGAAACUCGGAUUUGCCAACUCAAUCUUGGUGAACCACGACGGAUUGCUGCUGAUUUGUCCCAGUCUGCCUGGUUUCCAAACGCAAUCUAGAUCUCUCGGUCUCUCCUCCUCGUCGUCUCAUUGGCCCGGAAAAAGAACAGAAAAGUCCCAUGUUCUUCCAGGUGAUCGAUAACUCCAUGUUCAGACGCUGUCACCAAUGUAAAAUAGAAAUAUAUCCAUGUAAAAAAUCACCGGAGCGACACACUGUCGUCUGACUCCUCGAGAAACCCCAGCCCAGCCCAGCCCAGCUGCCGGCCAGCACAUUCACGCCGCUUUCAGGGACCUUUGUGCUGUAGCGAGCUGGAGAGGGCAGCAAGAACUUGGAGUUGCCAUGCCUCGCUUUGUCACCACGCACCAGCAACAACAUAUUUAACCUGGAAUCCAUUCGUUCCAAGCGAACUAUGGCGGCAAUGGAGGGCGCGAGGGUCCGAGCGGCGCGGGGCUACGGCGGCGGCAACGAGUCGGUGUCGGUGGGCGACGGCAUGAGCAUCUUCGGCCAGAGCCAGAGCCAGAGCCAGAGCAUCGACGUGCGGCGGCGCGGGAAGCCCAGGCGGCGGGCCACGCUGCCCAAGGUCGUCAAGAACGUGUCGUAUGAUGUCAAGCAGGUGGCCAGGUCCGGGUCCGGCACGGAUCGGCUGCCGCACCGGCGUCUGGCCGCCACGCCGGAGAAGGAGACGCACAAGGAGAAGGCGCGCGUGGACCCUGAGCUGUUCGCGGGCAAGACGCUGGAGCAGCUGGUGGAGCAGGCCGACGCCAAGCAGCUGGUGGAGAAGGCUGACGCCAAGGAAGGACUGGAGAAGGAGAGGGCGCACGCCGUCGUUGCCGCGGAGCCUGAGCUGCCGGCGGUCAUGGCCAAGAAGCAGCUGGAGCGGCAGGGGUCUCGCAGGUCGGAGCUCCUCAAAGGACCGCGCGCGAACGUAGGUGGCCUCGCCGUCGACGUCGGUGGUGCUCGGCCGAUGGAGUCUAGCGGCGGCGCGACGUACGCCGAGGUGAUGCGGGAGCUGGGCCGCGUCAAGAGGGAGCUGCGGGAGCUGCAGCGCGAGGUGAAGGCCGCGAGGGAGGCCAAGGCCGGCAUGGCCGUGGCCGAGGAGGACGCGGCGUCGGCGUCGUCCGCGGCGACGAGGAGCGCUGGUUCUGUCGUCGCCCUCGGCGCGAAGGAACGGAAUGAAGCAAACGAGGCGCGCGUCGCCUUUGAGCUCACCGGAGCUGGCCGGUCGUCUACCAGGGAGAGAGAGGAGGAGGUCACGAGGUGGACGCCGCCGACCAUGGGGCUGCAGAGAGGCGCGGCCAUGAGCCGCGCGAGCGUGUCGAGCGAGCUCGAGGCGUGGCUCACCGCGGCGAGCUCCGACGACAGACGGCUCCGGCACGGUUUCGGCCACUCCUCGGAUUCGGAGAUCACCGACGAGGGACACGACAGCUCGCCGUCGCUGCAGGCGGCGGAAGCCAAGCUGGGCAUGGCGCGGGCGGAGCUCGAGUCCGCCAAAGGAGAGAGCAUCCAGUUCACGGCGUCCAUGGAGCGCACGCGCACGGAGGCGGCGCGGCUCGCCGAGGAAAUCAACCGGCUCGAGGAGCAGGAGAAGAAGGCCGGCGCGCAGGUGCGGCAGCUGGAGGCCGCGCUGCGCGACGCCAAGUGCAGGCUGGGCGCCGUCACGGCCGCCGACGAGAUGGCCGGCGAGAUCCUCGCCGACCUGGAGGCGACGCUGCAGCAGCUGGAGGAGGAGACCGAGGCGGCGGAGAAGGAGAAGGCGCUGAUGGAGCCGGAGAGCCGGUGCGUCCAGGACGACGCGGACAGCGUGGACGCCGAGAUCGCGGCCGCCGAGCAGAGGAUCAGGGGCUCGAUUAGGGAGCUGGAGGCGGCGAGGGCGUCGGAGGCCGCGGCGACGGAGAGGCUGAGGGCCGCCGUCGAGAGCGUGGCGUUGGAGAGGGCGUCCAUGGCGCCGCGGAGGUCCGGGAACGUGACGCUCCCGAGGUUCGAGUACGAGUACCUGACCGGGCGCGCCGAGGUGGUCCGCGCGGUCGCCGACAAGAAGGUGGCGGCAGCCGAGGCGUGGGUGGAGGCGCGGCGGGCCGGCGAGAAGGAGAUGAUAAUGCGCGCCGAGGCGAUCGAGAGGGAGCUCGGGGUCGGAGAAGCAGCGGCCGUGGACGACGAGAGCGCGGCGGAGCAGCAGAGGCCGCGUGACGGCUUGCAGCGCGCGCACACGUCGAGGAGAGCCGCGAUGGUGAAGGGCUCAUCGGCGGCGACAUCAAGAAGGAAGACGCCAUCGCCGCCGCCGUUGGCGCGGCACCCGCGAGGGCAGGCGCUCGCCAUAAGAAGCUAUCUGAAGCUCGUGGGCGGGAAAUGCACGAGGCCAUAGUAACUGAGAUGCAAUUCAAGACGAUGCGGACAAUAUCAUUCCAUUUCUAUA